CGGAAGAGUGAUGUCCGACGCGUUGAACUUUUCCGCAUCCGGAACGUCCGGAACAGACGUGGUUUGGGGUUGGUUUGGGGCCGUGUCGGAGGCAAACAUUGUGAACAUUGUGAAAAAUUGGAACUCGAUCAUCAUGAACAUGCCAGGUGACAGUGCACUGGUUUUAUUUGUAAAGGAAAACCCGUGCUUGUGGCAGCCCAAACACAAGGACUAUUUCAAUAAAACUAAAGCCAGAGCAUUAUGGGAGCGGUGCGCAGCUACUACUGGCCGUGAAGGAAAUGAGGCGAAGAAGAGAUGGCGCAACUUACGGGACUACUAUACAAAGAGACGAAAACAGCAACCGAGCGGAUCCGCGGGAGCGGUACCGCAGGACAUGCCCUCUUGGAUGAGAGAGAUGGGGUUCCUGGACGACGCCGGUAACCCCAAACCUGUGCUGACAAACCUGGGUGUUCAACAGUCCUCAACUUCCGAUCCGAACGCGUCAUUCGACUGGGAAGAUCAGUUGGAGAUGAGCGAGACGCAGUCAUUGUUCGGCGACGAUCAGGCUCAGUCCGACGACAGGUCAGAUUGGGGUGUACUUUGCAGUGAUGUCUGGUGGCACGGCGCCGCCGUUGCCGCCGGCCUCGCGGCGCAGGUCGACGCCGGUCGGCAGCGCGUCCGGGUCCGCCACUGCCACCCCGUCAGCCGCCCAGCCAGCCGCCCAGCCAGCCGCCCAGCCAGCCACCACUCGCGUGAGCGGCGCCAAGCGGCCCAAGACUGGGGAUAAACUAGGGAGGGUUGACGACGCACUUCAGAAUUUAGAAAACGCUUUCGCUACUCUGUCCAACCCUAACUUGUCGUUCGGCCAAUGGGUUGGUGCAGAAAUGGAAGGUGUGCCGGAGCAUCGUGUGUUUGCUCUAAAAAUAGAAAUAAUGACCGCUAUCAUGAAGGCCAAGGAGGAGUGAGACAAAGCUCGUGUCAUACAGGGUGGGCCAAAAAAUUGUGUCACUUUUCAGCAAUAACCUCUCGAAAAUGAUAAAAGAUACGAAGAAGAAACUCACAACUUUAAGAAAAUGGUUUAAAAAUUAUACGACAGCCAUUUUAUGGACAAGUUUUAAUCGAACUGAUGUUGCCAUAAUCAUUGUGUCUCUGUGUGUCUUUUAUUCGUGUAUGUGCUCAAAGUGGGAACCUCCACGCUGAAGGCACAUCUGAACGUGCUCCAGGAAGCUGGCGCCCACCCGCUCCGCGGUAUCUGUUGGCACUUCCUGGCAGCUUCCUGGAGCACGUUCAGAUGUGCCUUCAGCGUGGAGGUUCCCACUUUGAGCACAUACACGAAUAAAAGACACAUAUCCUUUUUAAAUGAUGGUGGCAACAUCAGUUCCAUUGGAACUUGUCCAUGAAAUGGGUAUCAUAUAAUUUGUCAAACGAUUUUCUUUAAGUUGUGAAAGUUUCUUCUUCAUAUGUUUUACCACUUUCGAGAAAUUACUGCUGAAAAGUUACACAAUUUUUUGGCCCACCCUGUAUUUCCCUUAUAUCAUGAGAUUUUGACGAUGAAUUAUGAAUUCGAAUGACUUUGUCUGUCUGUUUGGUGUCUGACUUUUUGUCCUUAAAUUAUACUUUGUCCAUCCGUCACCUGUGCUGUGAUUUUUACGACGAUCUUGUGACAUUCAUUGUAGCAUCGUUUUAGGCAUCAUUCGGUGAUUAUUUUUCCUAUGUAACUAUGAGCUUGAUGUCCCUCGUAAAUGCUUUCCGGGGGUUAGUAUUUGUUUUUGACUCGAAAUGCUGGUCGCGGAUUCAUUCCAAGUUGUAUGUCUUUCAUGUUACCAUAUGGCUCUAACUCUCCUACAUGUGUGACCAGUGAUAAUGGUAUUUUGUUUUUGUUCAGAUUUGUCUGUUUGUUUUUAUAUUUGUACUUGAUGCAUAUUGCAUUACGUUGUCAUUUGACGUUUGCCAAUGUCUGUUAGCCCCAGCUGACGUUCCAAUCUUUUACAAUA